AACAUCUCCCAUCUGUAGGAUCAUGGCAGCAAUCAUUGGACCCCCACCUCAUCCAGCACCAGCUCAUCCAGCACCAGCUCUUCCACAUCCCCGGUCCAAUUCACGCAGCAGUGAGCCAAGUGCUGGUCAGCAAGAUCAUCAUAUCAAUCAAGACCCACCACCUCACCCUCAACACCACCUCCCUCCCAGGCCUGUCUACUAUGUUCAAGCACCUCCUCCCCCACCUUUCCUUCCUUACCAGUGGCCUGUUUCUUUUCCUUUCAACCCCUUUAUGGGCUUUCCUGGCAUAGGCUACAGUAUGGUGAUGCCCCCAUUCCUGCCUCCUCCUUACAUUGACGCUCCAGCCUACGUAAUGCCACACCCUCACUUGCAGCCAGUAGAUUACAGACGCUUCUUUCAACCUCCUCUCCAUGCUCCCAUGGCGCCUCAACAAAACCCUUACCAGGCUCGGAGAGUUCGGCCACAACAGCCUGUUAUUGGACGGGAGACUGUGAACUCGGAAGUCCAAACUGAACCUACGCGGAGGGACGUGACUAGAUACUGUCCAAGUCCUGUAGUUGGAUCUGAUUCUGGUCAGGGAACAGCUUCAAGCUCUCCAUCAUCAUCCAGCUCCCGCAAACGCUUCACUGAAGUUGCUAACCUGACAUCGCCGACCUGCAAUACCACAGAUGCUGUCGAGGUCAAAAGAAAAUUGAUAGAUGUUCAGUCUGUUCAAAAGGAUUUGCAAUCGAAUGUGAAGCCAUCUUUGGAGAUGCAAAUUGGACAGUUUGGCAGUACUAGGAACAAAAAUGGCCAUUUCAACAUAUGGUCAGUGAGUUCGACGGAAAGCUUAAAUCCUGUUUGUAGCUCAUCUCAACGAGAGGACGUGACCGGCAAAGAGAGGCGGCACUCGGUUCCUGACAUUCUCAUGAGUUGGGGUGGUGGAACUCCCCAGGCUGAAACCAGAGGUGCAGUUGACAAUGAGCAGCCUCAGACAGGGCUCCAGCAGCCAUCCUGUGAAACCGAAGGUGAGAAAGAAAAGUGCGAUGACCCAAAUCGCACAGAGACGAGGGACGAAGGCAUAUUGGCACAAGCUAGCUCCACACAAUAUCAUGAAGACCAGAUGUUCAAUGGCAGUGAAACACAAGCAGCAAAACCUGUAAGCGGGGAAAAUGUUUUCAUGAAAACUUUGCAUUGUAUUGAAGCUAUACAGGAAGGAAACCAUGAUGAAAACAGUGUGACUCUGCCCAAGGACACCACGGAGACUCUUGCCUUUAUACCAUUCAGCUCGUACCAAACUAAACCAAAACUGAACGAGUCAGUCUGGUCCGUGGAGUCUCUUGCUCCCUUCAUCCCUUCUAAGGAAUGGAUGCUACAAAACUCUACGUCUGAAAUGCUGAAGAUGACCAAGGAAUCAGAAGUUGAUUACCCAGUGUUACCCAAAAAUGAUGGGCAGCGGUCAAAAUGCCGCCCACACUGUUUGUCCCCAUCGAAAUCUCCAGUGUCGAGUAUGUCCCCCAAGGUCGUACAUCAGAUGACAGGUCCAAUAAUUGAUGUUGCAAGUGACCUGUUGGAUGAUAUUCUGCACCACCUUAAAGACCACUCUGGUGGCUUAAGUCCUGCAUCUUUGCUUCCUAAAUUUAAUACGAAUAGGUCUUCUGAACCUGUGGCAUCUAAAUCCCCAAACCAGGAAACGAGUAUUUUAAUCGAGCAGCUAACUGCUCCUCUUGAACUAAAGCAGAUGUCUGCAGGACAUUGCAACCACAGUAGCCCUUUAGAGAUUAUUGAACCACAAAAGCAACAGGAGCGGCUGCAGCUGAUCGUCCCCGCCAGUGACCAGCACAAUGUUUCUCCAUCCAAGAAAGACCUGGUGGACUGUGGAGUUCAGUGCACAGACCUUCAGUUCUGCCCGUGUCAGGACACAACGAUGUUCAACAUGAACAAGAAAUCAAUUUUUCAUAAUCUGAUUGGCCUCAGCUAUGGUGUGGAUGCUGCAAGAGACUUUGGUGGUGUUGGGAGAAACUCCAUCUACUGA